AUGCUUUCCAUUCAGCAAAGAUAUAAUAUCUGUCUAAUGGCAGAGAGGCACCCAAAGUGGACGCAACUCGAGUUAGCAAAAUGGGCUUAUGAGACGUUUCAGCUACCAAAAAUUCCAUCCCAAGGCACCAUAUCGCGUUUAUUGGCUAGAAAAUCUACUUAUAUGAAUUGUAAAGAGCAUGAAAAGGACGCAAAUAGAUUGAGAAAGCCAAAUAAUCUUUUGGUUCGGAAGAUUUUACAAGAAUGGAUUUCUCAAAGCUUGUGGAAUGGUAUCCCUAUUACCUCACCUAUUAUUCAAGACACUGCACAAGCUGUAUGGCACAGAAUUCCUGCGGAACAUCGCGAGGGAAACGGCUCUUUUAGUUAUAAAUGGAUUUCGAACUUUUUAUCAAAAAUGGAUGUCAAUAUUUCCGUUUUAGACGAAGAAUUACCUAAAACCCCCAAAGUUUGGACAUUUGAGGAAAGGGAUGUAUUGAAAGCUUAUUUUGCUAAAAUACCACCAAAGGAUUUGUUUACUUUAGAUGAAGCGUUUCUCUCCUACAACUUACCAUUAGAUUAUGCCCAAUACGAAGCAAGUAGCAUUCAAAGGCGUAUAGAGGUUGCCACUGUCAUGCUAUGUUCCAAUUUGGAUGGCUCUGAAAAAUUAAAACCUGUUGUCGUGGGAAAAUAUGACAGUUACAAAUCAUUCAGAAAUUACUUCCCCAAUGAACCAAAAGAUCCUGUCUCACAAUCAAUGUUGGGCACUAAGAUGGCUAAGAAAUUUGAUAUUUCUUACCAUAGUAAUAGGAAAGCAUGGCUAACGAGCAAUCUCUUUCACAACUGGUUAGUCAGGUGGGACAAGAGAUUGGUUGCUGUGAAUAGGAAGAUUUGGAUUGUUUUGGAUGAUUCAUGCUGUCAUAGAAUAAUUAAUCUGCGUCUUCAAAAUAUAAAACUUGUAUACACUUCUUCCAAUUCGAAGUUUUUGCCAUUUAACUGGGGUGUCUGGGAUGAAUUUAAAACAAGAUACAGAAUCCAACAAUAUCAGGCGCUUAUUGACUUGCAAAAUAGAAUUUCGAAAAAUAUUCAAAAUAAAAAUAAAUUAGAACAGAACGAAUGCCUACCCAGUGGUAAAAAAUGUUUGAUCAGUUUUGAGCAAAGUCAACUGACCAUGUCAAAUGCUUUCAAAUUUAUUAAGAAAGCAUGGGAUGAUAUACCUGUUGAUGCUAUCAAAGCCAAUUGGAAAAGUUCCGGUCUAUUACCUCCUGAAAUGAUUCAUUUAAAUGAGAAUGUCAGUAUGGCGUUCAAGAAAAACGAGGUCUUAGAGAGCGUUUUGAACAGAUUGUGUGAUGAGUACUAUUGUGUUAAGAAAUGGGAAUAUGAAAUGUUGUUAGAUUUAAACAUUGAAAACAAAAACACAAAUUUCUUGAGCACUGAAGAAUUAGUAGAAAGUGCUAUCGUGGAGCCUUGUGAACCUGAUUUCGAUACUGUGCCAAAAGGUGAUGAAGUCCACGAUGAUAAUUUCGAUGUGUCAGUUUUUGCCAAUAACGUAGAUAAUAAUCAAACUCAUCUAAGCAUUUCCCAUCCUAGUCACAAUCACGAUUACGAAAGUAAUCACGACAACGAUAGUAAUGACAAUAUUACAAAUAACGGCAGUAACAAUAAUAAUACUAAUAAUAAUAAUAAUAAUAAUGAUGAUGAUGAUGAUGAUGAUGAUGACGCUGAUGACGCUGAUAAUGAUAGUGGUGGGAAGUAUUUGCAACAGGAUACUGUUAACAAUACUAAUAAAACUGGCAGCCCUGGGCAGCCGAAUAUUCCUAGCAUUGAAUCGCAAAGAAAUGCUUCAAACACAGAUCUUGUUGUUGAUGGUAAUUACGACGUCAAUUUCAAUGGUCUUUUGAAUGAUUCGUACAAUGCAAUGAGACAGCCAGGCCCAUUAGAUUAUAACGUCAGUACACUAAUCGACAAACCUAAUUUAUUCUUAAGUCCAGAUUUGGAUUUAUCUACUGUUGGCGUCGAUAUGCAACUACCAUCAUCAGAAUAUUUCAGCGACGUAUUUUCCUCAACCAUCCGAAAUAACGAUAAAGCUGCCUCAGAUCAAAAUAAACCGGCAGAUGAACUUCCUUCAAGCACUGCCAUGACAAAUUCAAACUCAAUAACAACAGCACUUUUGGAAUCAAGAAGUCAAGCACAGUCUUUUGAUGUACCACAUAUGAAUGGGUUGCUGAGCGACACAUCAAAAGUCGGACAUCCUGUUAAUUCCUCAAAUACUGUAUCUCAGAAUUCACUGAACGGUUUUCAACAUAAUUCUUCAUCCGUUGCAGAAGCUUCGUCUCCUUCAAUUACGCCCUCCCCUGUGGCAAUAAACUCUGCAGGCGCUCCACCAAGAUCUAUAGUAUCUGCGCCUGUGGGCUCGACUUCUUCUGUGUCAUCCCCAUCUGCUUUAGAACAUCUUGAAGGUGCCGUUUCUGGUAUGUCACCCUCAUCCACCACAAUAUUAAGUAACUUACAAACAAAUAUAAAUAUUGCCAAAUCAUUGAGUACCAUUAUGAAACAUGCAGAAUCAAACGAAAUAUCAUUGACGAAAGAAACAAUUAAUGAACUUAACUUUAAUUAUACGACGCUUUUGAAACGAAUCAAAAAGACUAGGAAACAAUUAAAUGGCAAAAGCAUUAAAAUAAACAGUAGUAAAAAUGCACAAGACCAUUUAGAAACCCUUUUAUCUGGGGCUGCAGCUGCAGCUGCAACUUCAGCCAAUAAUUUGGAUCUUCCGACCGGUGGUUCGAACCUUCCGGACUCUAAUAACUUACACUUACCUGAUAAUACAGGUUUUUUUUAG